AUGGCGCUGGUCGAGCGCGCCCUGGGCGAGGUCAGGGCGGAGCUGCACCAGAUCAUCGCCCGCUUCCUCAGCGACGGGCAGGUGAUCAAGGCCUGGGACAGCAUCUUAGAUGUGCUGAAGCCCAGGCCCCAGCUGCUCAGGACGACGACGGCGGCGGCCUCCCGCGUCGGCGUCAGCCCCGACAACCGCGGAGGCUUCGGUUUCGAGGUUGCCAAGACCCUCAGCAACCUUGGCAAGCACUGCAGGGCUGGCUGGAGCUACGCUCGUGCUUCCUGCGGUUCGUUCGCGGUUGAGGUGCCGAGAGGAACUCCAGAGGGUGAGAAGUGGGUGGACUUCAACCACCGCCUCAGCGUCCAGAGCGGCAUCCCGCCACACGACGUCAUGGAGCUGGCGAGCUUCGGCGGCACGCACUGCAACGUAGCCAUUCGUGCGACCAGCUGCAAGAUGGCAUGCAGCGAUGAGUUCAUUGCACCAUCGGGCUACUUGGGCGAGGAGUACAUCUGCCAGAAGUGGCCCACCUUGCGCGACGCGCUCAACAGGGGCCUCGAGUGGCAG